GGUGCCCACUUCCGAUCCACGAGCCAGGGCGGAAACAAAUGAUUAUUGUGUCCGCUUGCUGCGUUUGGGCUCAAAUUGAGCUGAACCUGCUCUGGAUUUAUUUCACAAUCAAUACAUGUUGUAUGUGGCAGCCAUGCCGAGCGUCUUAUAAAAGUGGUUCUUAACCUGGGUUCGAUCGAACCCUAGGGGUUCGGUGAGUCGGCAUCAGGGGUUCGGCGGAGGUCAAAACACACCCGAUUCAUCGUGUCAAUAAAAACUUCUACCUAUCGGCGUAUUCUGGAUACGGCAACAGCAGAAGUCACAUUGAUUUGCAGCCUACAGAUGGCGCCAGGUUACAUUCAGCUCACCCAAAAAAGAGCACGUUGAGCUACUUCCUCACAAAACACCAGUGGGCGGAGCCGACACUGCCAGAAGGGGCGUGGUGAAAAGAUGGAGAGCCGAUGCAGCAGCAGCGCCGACUCCAGGCAGGGAGGCCGCGGGGUGGUCAACUCCACGUCCAUGUCAGCGCGCGUGGACUCAUAUGAGGCGGCGGAGAAGAAGUGCAUAUCAGACGUCAGGAGGACCUUCUGCCUCUUUGUCACCUUUGACCUUCUGUUCAUCACCUUGCUGUGGAUCAUCGAGCUCAACGUGAACGGCGGCAUUCCCAAGCAGUUGGAUCAAGAAGUCCUCCAUUACGACUACCACGCCUCCUUCUUUGACAUUUUUCUGCUGGCCGUGUUCAGGUUCGCCUCGCUCAUCCUGGCCUACGCCGUCUGCAGGCUGCGUCACUGGUGGGCCAUAGCGAUCACCACCGCGCUCAGCUGCGCCUUCCUGAUCGUCAAAGUCAUUUUAUCCAAGCUGCUGUCUCAGGGAGCUUUUGGGUACCUGCUGCCCAUCAUCUCCUUCGUUCUGGCCUGGAUAGAAACAUGGCUGCUGGACUUUAAGGUUCUUCCUCAGGAGGCAGAAGAUGACAACAGGUUCCAGUCCUUCUUGGACGCUAGCGAGCGUGCGCCCCUCUUGUGUCCCGGUCCCAUGUCUGACGGCCAGUUCUACUCGCCGCCCGAGUCCGUGGCAGACACUGACGAGGACCUGGAUGACAAACAAGGACUCUUUUAAGGAUGUCCUCAGAGGAAGUUAUUGGUCCGCUUUGAAGGAAAAACUGCGCCUUACGCUUGGUGACAUUUGAACGUCGCACACAAGAACACUAGAAGAAUUAGAAGAGGUUCAUGAAGCCAUGUUGACAUCCUCGAUAAGCUAUUAGAGAAGAUAUGCUUUGCUCUGCAUGAAGGGAAGAUGCUGAGGCCAGCCAGACGAUCCCCUCCACAAGAAAUGCGCGGCUUUUCAAAAUAAAAGUGUCAAGAAGGUGAAGAAGACGUGUGACGUUGUCUUCAGGGCCUGCUCGUGUUUUUACAAAAAACAAAGUGAUGAAUCAUCAAAUAUAGACACAAACACUUUUAUUCUUUGUUCACAUUUUACUGACAGACCACGAAGAUAUGAUCUUGUAAAAGAAACAAUACUGAUAAGAAUAAAAAUGUUGUUUCUAAA